AUGGUCAUAAGAAAAUACCUCGUGGAAAACCUCCAUGAACCCCGCUCUUCCGUGCAGACGCGUGUAGCAAAAUGGAUUGCGGGCCAAGUGCGUCUUGCGUGCAAGAGUCUCCUGAUCCCAACAGCCCUCCUGAAUGCGUGUGCAACAAUAAUAAAGCCUUCAACAAAGCGGACAAGACAUGCUACGAUGCGUGUGUUGCCUCUGGCAAGGAAUGUGGCGCCGAUGCUUCCUGCGUUGCGUAUCGCAAUUACGAUCCCGAGCCCGUUGGUGCGCACUGCAGUGCAGCUGAGUGGGCGCGGCAUCAGGGAUCAGCUCACCUUCGCCACCUCGGUGCCGGCAGAGCAGGCCAGCGGCACCACUGUGUGCGCCAGCAGCGACCUCAGCUACAGCAUUGGCGGCGCUCAGAUCACCGUCGUGUGGGACGCCCCGAAGCUUCGGAGCUCUGAUUCCCUGAGGCACGAAGCGGUUGGCAACGGCAUGUGCAAGAGCGUGACAUUCUACUCUGGCCGCGGCUGCACGGGCCAGCCGGGGCUCACGAUCGCACGCCCUGCGAAGAAGGGGCGUUCCUACCCUGCCACGAAGAGGCCUGUCAAUCCGACUUAUUCACCGCAAUCUGUUGGCUGCAAUCUCACCACGUGCCACAUGGAUUGUGGAGCUGCACACCAAGAAGACCUGCCGCGACCCAUUCCCUGCACCCAAGUGCAAGCCUGCGUGCACUGCUGGUGCCCAGUGCAUGUUCGUGGCAGGAAAGUCAGUGUGCGAGUUUCCAGGCUGAGGAAGAGCAAAAGAACAGGGGCUGGUGCAGAAGUGACGAAUGGGCAACCCUAG